AUGUGGUUGUGGAUGAGUUCUCGGGACGGACAAGCGUCCAGUGGCGGCGCAGCACCACCUUCUUCAGCCUCAGAGGUCCCCGAAGCGGGCACUUUUGUCUCUAACUUGCUGCUUCUACUGCUGCUGCUGCUGCUGUUACUUUCGCUCGUUCUGGAGCUUGAGCUGUGUGCGUUGUGCUGCGCUUGGAACUCGCGCUCGCUGUACUUGAAGCGCGCGCUCACGUCUCGCAUCAUCCAGCGGCCACACGCUGCGUCUGCGGCUCCUCCAGCUGCUGCUGCUGCGUCUGCUGCUGCUCGAAGUGGUGCUGUGGACGCGCAGGAGCGACGGGAGCGGGCGUCACUCGGCGAGUGUGUCUGUGUCUGUGCCGGAAGAGGGGAAGGGCAAGCGAUACAAAAGUGA